AUAACUCGGCGUUGAUUGCAAGCGUGUUCUCCGUGCAGUGCUGUGUUUUGGCUUUUGUUUCGUAGAAAAAUUGCUCAAAAAUAGCAGUUUUUGUCUCCACGAAGACAUAUAUUUAUUAUUUUACUCCAACGAGGAAGCUGCCCAGGUGGAGUGGUGGAGCUGGUGCAAGUUCAUAACAGAGGAUACGCCCAGAUUUGCAUACCUCUAGAACAGCUUGCCCUUAGUGUUGGAUUGGACCACCCAUUGUCAAUCUAGCUACAGGAGCUACUCUAGUGGGAGAAGUAACCAGUGAAGAUGUAUGCGUUCUACCGUGAAACCCAUCCCCCGACAGGGGUGGAGCACUGUGUCUACUGUCAUUUCUUCUCACCAGAUCAGCAGAACCUGGUGGUGGCCAAGGGGUCGGAGCUGACGGUCUAUUCCAUGAUAACCAUCGACUCCAGCAAGCCAACUGACAAAGAUUCCAAACCGAAGAAGAAACUUCAGGAAGCAGCUACGUUUCAUAUCUUUGGUAAGGUGAUGUCAAUGCAGAGUGCUCAAGUGACUGGAUCGGGACGGGAUGCUCUUCUUCUCAGCUUUAUGAAUGCAAAGGUGUCUAUUGUUGAGUAUGAUCCUAACAUGCAUGAUCUCAAGACACUCUCGAUGCAUUACUUUGAGGAAGAUGAAACCAAGGAGGGAGUUUAUCGUAACAUCUACCACCCCAUAGUAAGAGUGGAUCCUGACCAUCGCUGUGCUAUCAUGUUAACCUAUGGUUCGAAGCUUGUGGUUCUACCAUUCCGUAGAGAGGGUUUGAUUGAAGACCUGGAUAAGUCCCUCAGUACAAGUACACGACGUGGAGCGUUGAUGCCCAGUUAUGUAAUCAGACUAAAUGAAAUGGAUGAUCCAAUCUGUAAUAUCUUAGAUGUUCAGUUCCUACAUGGUUACUAUGAGCCUACGUUACUCAUCCUCUAUGAGCCACUUCGUACAUGGCCAGGGCGUGUAGCAGUGAGACAAGAUACCUGUUCAAUCGUAGCCCUGUCACUCAACAUGGCCCAGAAAGUACAUCCUAUCAUCUGGUCUCAGAGCAGUCUACCUUACGAUUGCAGACAGGUCCAAGCUGUCCCUAAACCCAUCGGUGGUGUUUUGAUCUUAGCAGUGAACUCACUCCUAUACUUGAAUCAAAGCAUCCCGCCGUAUGGUGUAUCUCUCAACUCGCUUACAGAUUGGAGUACUGCAUUCCCAUUGAAAAUUCAAGAAGGCGUGAAGGUAUCAAUGGAUUGCACCCAAGCAACGUUCAUAUCAUACGACAGACUGGCACUGUCCCUGAAAGAUGGAGAGAUAUACGUUUUAACGUUGGUUGUUGAUGGUAUGAGGAGCGUCCGAGGGUUUCAUCUUGAUAAAGCUGCUGCUAGUGUACUCACAACAUGUAUAUGUCCGGUGGGAGAUGGCUAUCUCUUCUUAGGGUCUCGUCUUGGUAACUCUCUGUUGUUGAGAUACACUGAGAAAGUAUCAGAAACCAGCUCGUCAGAGGCUUCAAAAUCUGAGGAUCAAAAAGCGGGUGAACCUCCAAGCAAGAAGAUAAGGAGUGACGAUGCGAGUGAUUGGAUGGCAUCUGACACCAAGUUUCUUGAUGAUCCUGAUGAAUUGGAGGUGUAUGGCAAAGAGGUUCAGAAAACAGGAACACAACUCACAUCUUAUUCAUUUGAGAUCUGUGAUAGUCUUCUGAACAUUGGUCCAUGUGGUAAUAUGAUCAUGGGAGAACCGGCUUUCCUCUCAGAAGAGUUUCAAGGUAGUGUUGAUCCUGACCUUGAGCUGGUGACGACAUCGGGAUAUGGCAAGAAUGGAGCUUUAUCUGUCCUACAGCGUACAGUAAGGCCUCAGGUUGUGACGACCUUUAACCUUCCUCAAUGUCUUGACAUGUGGACCGUUAAGAGCCUCAAGAAAACGAAAUCUGAUGAGAAAUCUGAAGACUCGGAGAUCAGUCCAGAUGAUAAGGACAAACACGCAUACUUGAUCCUGAGCAAACCAGACUCAUCCAUGGUUCUUCAGACCGGCCAGGAGAUCACGGAGGUUGCAGCCGGAGGAUUCAGCACACAGGCUCCUACUAUCUUUGCUAGUAACAUGGGCGAUGAUCGCUACAUCGUACAGGUCAUGAACAAGAGUAUCUGUCUAUUAGAAGGAGCUGAGCAGAUCCAGCACAUGAUAUUGGAUGUAGGCUCUCCCAUCAAGCAAUGCUCUCUUGCUGACCCUCAUCUACUCCUACUGACCGAGAAGGGUGACCCUAUCCUAAUGACCCUUAAACCUGACCAGCAAGGUGCCAGCCAUCGGCUUCAUAUGACCAAACCAACGCUCUCUCAGAAAUCCAAGAUUGUUGCAUUGUGCGCAUACAGAGACACCAGUGGAACGUUUACUACAGCGAGCCUCUCUGCUAAAGAAAAGGCUAAUACAAGUAUUAGGGAGAAGUCUUCAUCAAAAUUGGAACCUAGUAGUCUCAAUGCAAGCACUGUUGAUGAUGAAGAUGAGUUGCUUUAUGGAUCAUCUGAUCAUGAUAUUAUCACCCCUGCAGCACCAGUGAUGGAUCAAACAAGCAAAAGUGAAGAUGAUAAUGAGAAGAGCUCACAAAGAGAGACUACGUAUUGGUGUGUCUUCUGCAGAGAAAAUGGACAGUUAGAGAUGUAUAGCCUACCAGACAUGGUGUUAGCUUUCUUGGUCAAGAACUUUCCUAUGGCUUCUAAGGUCUUAGUGGACAGCGGAUCAACAUUCUUGACAGGAGAUCAAAGCCAGCAGCAUGAAAUGCUUCAGCAAGUUCAAGAAGUUCUCCUUGUUGGUCUAGGUCAUGAGAAAAAGAAGAUCUACAUGCUGGCUCUCGUUGAGGAUGACAUCAUGAUCUAUGAAGCGUUCCCUUACCACACAGUCAUACAAGAACAUCAUCUCAGAAUCAGAUUUAGAAAGAUCCCUCACAAGAUACUGAUGAAACCCAAGAAGGCUAGGACAUCAAAGAAAGCAACAGCAGAGGGCGGUAGCAAGACAGAGACGGAAGCUGAACCAGAGAGUGAUUCUAAGACUCCAUCAAGGCGUGUCAACAGGCUAAGAGAGUUCCACAAUGUUCAGACUUACUCUGGGGUUUUCAUCAGUGGCUCCCAUCCAUACUGGUUGUUUGUCACGUCGAGAGGUGCCUUACGUACACACCCUAUGCCUGUAGAUGGCGCUAUAUCAUGCUUUGCUUCAUUCCAUAACGUGAACUGCCCAAAUGGUUUCUUGUACUUCAACAGAAAGGAUGAACUUAGGAUAUGUGUAUUACCAUCCCAUCUAUCAUACGAUGCUCCUUGGCCGGUCAGGAAGGUCCCGUUGAGAUGUUCGCCACAUUUUGUAGCAUAUCAUGUGGAGACUAAGACAUAUGCAGUUGUCACAAGUGUACAAGACACCAGGACACACAUAUGGAAAGUAACAGGUGAAGAGAUAGGAGAAGAACCGGUAGAAAGAGAUGAUAGGUUUGUGCCAACGACCAAAGACACAUUUUCUGUACAGCUUUUCUCCCCAGUUAGUUGGGAUGCCAUUCCUAAUACAAGAAUUGAGUAUGAACCAGCAGAGACUGUAACCUGCUUGAAAGUUGUUAAUUUGAACUGUGAGGGUACUAUGACAGGAAGGAAAGGCUAUGUAGCCGUAUCAACUACACAUGUCUACUCGGAGGACCUGCAGACCAGAGGAUCGGUUUACAUCUAUGAUUGUAUUGAGGUUGUGCCUGAGCCUGGACAACCCCUCACAAAGAACAAGCUAAAGCCCCUGUAUGAGAAGAGACAGAAGGGACCGGUUUCCACUCUGUGUGAAGUCAAGGGAUAUCUUCUUACUUGCAUCGGGCAGAAGGUGUACAUGUGGCAGUUCAAGGACAAUGACCUGGUAGGAUUGGCAUUCAUUGAUACUCAGAUCUAUAUUCACAAUGCUGUUAGUGUCAAGCAAUUCAUCCUGAUAACAGAUGUAAUGAAAGGAGCAUACUUCCUCCAGUACCAGGAGCAGGAUAGAACACUCUCACUCGUUAGCAGGGAUGCUCGACCGCUAGAGGUCUUUGGCUGUGAGUUCAUGGUGGAUGACAGACAGAUGGCUUUCUUAGUAUCUGAUACGGACAAGAACCUGCUCAUUUUUCAUUACCAUCCUGAAGCCCCUGAGAGUGUGGGUGGCGCCUACCUCCUGAGAAGGGGCGAUAUCAACAUCGGCUCAGCGGUCAAUACCUUCGUCAGGGUCCGAUGCAGACUGACCGAUCCCUCCACGGAGCAGAUCCUAUCAGGUCCAGUGGUCAGGAGACAAGUUGUCUUCUUUGCCUCGCUUGAUGGUAGUUUAGGACUCCUACUGCCCAUGGUUGAAAAGACGUACAGGAGAUUACUCAUGUUGCAGAAUGUCCUCACGAACAGUCUCCCUCACGUUGGAGGGCUUAAUCCCAAGGCUUACAGACACGUCAGGUCUCAUUUGCGUAGCCUUAACAACCCUCAUCGUAACAUCCUGGAUGGAGAUCUUCUCUUGAAGUUCUGUCAUCUCAGCGUCGUUGAGAAAAACGAGUUUGCAAAGAAGAUAGGAACAAACGUAGAUCAGAUUAUAAGUGACUUGAUGCUGGUCGAGAACCUGACGAUGCACUUCUAGAAACUGUGAAUAAAACCACCCCCUUUGCCAGGACUAUCAGAAGCCUCGUGAGCAGAAAAAAAAUUACGAUCCAUUAAUUGGAUCCAGUGAUUGGUUGGGACUGCAAGACAUGAAUAGAAGCUACAAGAUAAUAUUUGAAUAUUUGGACAUGAUUCUUCGUUGAAUAGAAGCGAGGCAUUAUGGCCACAGUGCCUUGAAGACCAUCACAACCUGAGGCUAAGGGUGUGUUUUCACAAGUGUACAAAUGUUUUACAAGGAUGUAAGUUGGGAUUUUUUCGCAGUUGCAACAGGAACAAAUUCUACAAUGCACCAAUUCCUUUGAAAAUGCAAGUCUAACAACAAUGAACAGCUUAGAGGUCUUUGUCGAAAAACGGUGAAUCGGGACAGCAGAUCGGCCUAAGAUUCAGAUCAUACAAAAAAUUGCAAAUAUGUUGCAUCUCCAGAGUCAUGGACGACACUGCUUUUUGAUUUACCAAUUUUCGACAAAGGGUGCUUUGUCAUGAAGGGCUUUUGACAAUAGAUUCUCAAUGUUCCAGAAAGUGUCUGCGUAGUGUUGCAAAAACUCCCUACUGUCAAAACAGGAUAGAAUUGUACCUUUAUAUUCUAUGCUCUUAACAUUGGGUCAAUCAUGGUCAGGGUCUCAUGGUGUUGCCAAUUAUUCAUUUUUUAUUUGGCAGGAUUUUUUUUUUUAAGUUUGAAUGAAAAUCUGCUUCUAAAGUUUCCUACCUCCCAUGAACAAUCGAUCACACUUUUGAACUUCAGAGUUCUCCUGAAAUAAAAGAUUUUUUUUUUACAUCAUCAACAUUGGCAUCCUUUUAGAAAAAAAUGUGCAUGCCCAUGAAAGCACAGCUUACAUUUUUGUUUUAAUGAUAACCUUUGAAAUAACUGAAGAAAAUAGAAGUUUUAUUGUUGUAUUGGUCCUCACAUAAUUAGUACACAAUAAAACAAAAUUUCUUGCUUUAAGGUUUUUUUUAUUUGGGACAACUGUCACAUGAUUCCUCAUCUUAAUAUUUGUUUAUUUACAUGGUAUAGCAAAAAUCAUAUAUUACUUGGCCAUUAUAGGAAAUUAAAUAUAAACUUUGAUUUUGAUUGGCUAAGACAUGUUACCAUGGUAAUUACACUGAUAGCAAAGUUACCAUAAAUUUAUGCAACAUAAGCUUGUGAAUAAUUGCAUCACUUUUCUCUCACUUUUAAACAUUUUUUUUUAAAGGAACAGGUAAUUGGUAAUCAAUAUUUCCAUGAAUCAAGACCAAUUAUAAUCAUACAUGUUGGAUUUUUUCGCAAUUACUGAGGAAAAAUAAUUCAUUGUAUGUAAGAGCAGUGAACUGCUUGAAGGCCUAUCCAAAGGGCUUGUCAAUAAGGAUUAUUGCCUCACAAGAAAGAUCUGGCUCAUUAACUUGUUAGCCCAGUUCAAUGGGUUAUUAACAUAAGUUAACUUUAUGUACCGACUGAACUAUCUGGACUACCAUACAUCAUUAACACAUGCUUUGCACAAACUGAUCUGAUCUGACUUUUUUUAAUGCUAAUUAACUGAGUGUAAUCUUUUAAAUCUUAAAAGGUUAUGCAUAGUAUUCCAGACUCAAAAUACUCUCCAGGAAGAGUAGAAUCAGGGGCCAGGGAACGAUUUUUGAAAAGGGAGUGCUGUUUUUUUUCUUUUAACAAUUUGACAAGCAAAACAAGGUUUUCACCCCAGAAUAAGGGUUAUUUUGGUCAAAUUCCUAUAUUGUAGCAUAUCGACCUGAUUUCAAGGAGGUGCUGCCUAUGGUGUAUAAUAUUCGCAGCACCCCCAGAAAAAUCUUGGGGUUGCUCGAGUAACCCCGCUUCCCGGGGCCAUGUGGAGAAUAUGUAUACAUUCAAGACAGACAAUGCCAAAUAAAUCUUGUUGACUGGGAUUAUAAUGUACUUGUAGAGCCCUCUGAUAUAUUGUCAGCAUUAUGUUUUAUCGCAGCGAAUUGAUGAUAUGAUCCAAUAUAUAAUGUUUUAUAAAUAAUAAUCAUAGGCAUUUAUAUAGCGCCAACUAUCUUUCUGAGGCGCAUUAUUUAAUAUAAUUAUUACCCUGGCUGUAGCUCAAGCAGCCUUCCAGUGCUCAGUGCAUUAAGGAAUUUAUCCGGCUGGGUACCCAUUCACCUCACCUGGAUUGAGUGCAGCACAAUGUGGGUAAAUUUCUUGCUGAAGGUUAAACACACACCUUGGCUGGGAUUCAAACCCACGUCCCUCUGAUUGGAAGAUUAUAGAGUAUAACCACUAGACCACGAUGCCCCCAUAUUUUUCAUGAGUACAAAAGGGGAGCCUUCACAUUUUAAUUGAUCAAAGUUGAAAUAGUUUUGUGAACAUAAUAUGUCCCAUCAUUAUGUGUCAAUUUAAAGGCUGCAUGUAACAUUGUUGCAGGCUUUGAUUUCAAAUUUUAUCAUGUCUGUCUCAUUGAAAAUGAUGAAGCAUAGUGAAUUGUGUGAGAAAAUAUAUUUUUUGUCAUUUAUGUUUAUGACUUGCUCUGUUUGUACAUUUGUAAAUACAUUGGUACAGCAAAAUGUAUCUCUACGUCUGAGAUUGUCAAUUUUUAAAUAAAUACAGAUGG